AUUAUUGUUAUCAAACAUUGACGAAGUCUAGUGUGACCCAUGUGUGACUACAUUUAUGUACUUACAACUUUAAUUUGAAAUAUUUUCAACGAAACCAACUGACGUUUUUCUGCUGUUCUUUCCCAAUACAUGACAGUAAUGUCCAAAUGUGUUUUCUAUGUUAAUCAGUCAGUCAGUCAAAUUUUUGGCCCUCAGUCAAGAUAGCUUGCAACUAUUGUGAAACACCUUUUUACUCACUUCUCUAGAAUUUUGAAGCAAGCCUAGUCAUGUCACUCACUGCUUUAUUUACAAGGAAUUGCUGCUGUUCUUCGGCGAUGCUGACCCUGAUGUGGAGGCAGUCAUCACUUGUGCAACAGACAGCAGAUCUUAUUCUCUCAAGACCUUUAGCCACACCUAUGAGGGGUUACUCUGCCUGCUCAAAUCUGUCGCUUCUACGAAAGAAAGUUAUCGGUAGGACAAACUCCACAGCUAUGCUCAGUUCCAGACUUCUGGCAACAAACACUCCCACCAGCCAUGAAUCUCAGUCUAGUGCCUAUCAGCCAAAAAGAGACCAGGAAGUAGUUCAGCCUGCUCGAGAAGAAGAUUCUGCAUUUAAGAAAAAAGUGAAGGAUAUUGUCCUUAACAAAUUGAGCUUCAUAACAAAGACUCAUCUCAAACAAGCCCGAGCCGCAAUUAUCUAUCAACAACUCUCAGAAAAUAUACAGUAUAAAGAUUUUUUUGAUGCCUUUAAUAUGCCGGAUACAUUUCAGUCGUGGUUUGUAGUAAUUGAACUCCACUUGUGGAUACUGAGUGCAAGAUUGAUGGCGGAAGGUAAGGAAGGGAAAGCUCUAAGAGACUCAGUUGUUGCAGCAAUGUGGGAGGAUGUUCGCGCUCGUGCCAAAACUAUCCAUCCAAACACUAAACAACUGAACACAAGUAUACAGGAGCUCUCUGGUCAGAUGAAUGCAGCUUUCCUAGGGUAUGACGAGGCUUUACUGGAUGAUAAAAUUCUGGCAUCUGCUUUAUGGCGGAGGUUUUUCAACAAGAUUUGUGAGGAUCCUCGCCAACUUGAAUCUAUGGUGUCUUUCACUCGACAUCAGUUGCAGCUUUUUGAUUCACUUACACGCGAGGAACUCAUCGAACAACAAAAAAUGAUCUUAUUACGGUUGUCCCAUUAGAUGACAAGGAUGAAAGAAGAAAAGAAGCAUGACUGGAGCAUUGAAUACACAAAAUUUUUAACUCCUUUUUGGAGGAAAACGUAAGUAUUAAGUUUAAAUUAUUAUUCUGGUAAUCACAGUUGGACAGCUUAACACCAAAAUGAGCUCAGUUUCUUACAAAAGGGAUAGUUUGCUCAUAGAGCUCUGGAAGAUUUGACCACCAGACAAGGUACAAAUUUAAGUAUUUUGAUAUGUUUCCUCUUCAAAAUUCCACACAGAACUUGAGUAGCGCAGCAAAAAUGUCUGGUAUUGACUCCUGAAUAAGAUAUGAAUGGAUCUUUUAGAACCGAUAAUGAAAGAUUUGCAUCACCCGCUUUUAAGAGGAAUCCAAGUCUACAUGAAUCAAAUUGCAUACAACAGUGUUUCUUGUAAGCUUAUUAUUCGAACUGUGUUGCUUUCCAAUGUUGUAAACAACUUGCAACAGCUUAGCCAAAGCGCCGAUUUUGAGGUUGCCAUAUUGCCAUACGGAAAGACUGUCACAAUUUAACGAUCGGUGUGCGAUUUAACUUUUUGAGAUUAUAGAACUUUUUGAGAGUUGAUUAUGCUGGUUUUUUUUAAUGAGCGGAAAGUUUGAAUUUAUGCGGCAAAAAAGGGUAAUUAAUACCUAUCUCGGUUAGGAGGUACUUCCAGUAAUUUGUAUUGCUCACUUUACUGAGAAAAAUAAUAUAAUCAUGCUUUGAUUCGCACCUUGUCCAGUGGUCCUUUAAAAAAAUUUUGAAGAUUUAAUACUGAAGCUGUUGAGCGUCAACCUUUUGCAAAAAGUGUCUGUCAAGCAAUAAAACACCUGAGGCUAUACCCCUUAUCUGAACAUAGAAAUUUGACCUCCGUCCUCAGAAAUGAGGACAAUAUCGUGUUGUUUUUUUCUGUCUUAUGAAGUUUGACAAAGAAGAAUACCAGAAAUUUAAUCGUAGUUUCAGACAAUUUUGGACUCAAAUAAAAACGUGGCAGACUAGAUCAUAUACUUAAAGCUUUUCAACAAGUUUAAUGUAAUUCCUUGAUUGAUACCAAAAUCUGUUAGAAAUAUUGUUUUUACCUUUUCUUUUUUCUCUGAUUAUUCUACAACAGUGAAAGAUUAGAAACAAGGGGGCAUGAGAAAAAAAGGCAAAAAACCAACAAAAACAAAGGCAGGGCGUUCUCAUAUUCUACAACUUCCACAUUUACUGACACCUACUUUUCCAAUGGCUAACAAACAGACUUUUUAUUUUUUGGAAAAAUGUUCUUCUUUCUUUUACAAAGCUAUUCAGGCGUCUCAUCUUGAAACGCAAGCUACCUGCUCUCCCCUAAACACACAGCUUUUUCAGUAUUAUUUUCAUGAUUUUCUUCCUUGAAAUGUUGAGCAAACGGCUCAGUUUUUGUGCUUGUCAGUCAAAGCUCAUAAAUAUUUGCACCUAUGGCCUGACCAGGAAACUUAAAGCAAUAGCUUAAUGAGCUUGUCCACCUUUGCUUGAUUUUUUAGUUAACUUUCUGUGUUAUGUACAUUAGUUACUGUAAAUGUUGUACCUCUGUAAUGAUUGUGCAUAAAAUUGUUGAAUUUUCAGUUCCUCA